AUAAACACUCAAGGAAACACAAAGGAAGAAGAACUCCACGUACACAAGCGUAGCUGACUAGCUAACCCCCUCCUGGACUGCACGCCAUGGCGGUGCUGAAGAAGAACACGAUGCGCUGCAACGUCGUGGCCGCCCUCAUGGUGGUCAUGGCCACCGCCCUCCUUCUCUCCUCGUGCGGAGCCCGCAAAGAGAUCGACGGGUCUGAUGCUCUUUUUGUGCCGGCGUCGUGCUACUCCAACUACUUCCCGCACUGCACCGACCACCGGUGCAAGAAGUUCUGCGGCGGCGUGCGGGCGCCGCCGGUGCCCGGAGCCUUCUGCAACGACAGAAGCAACUGCUGCUGCCCCGUUAGUUGAGCUCUGUAGAAACGAUCCAGCUAAGAAAUAAUUCAGGAUGCCAAUAAUCAUAAAUAAUUUUGAUGGUAAGAAAUGUUUUCGGGGAUGCUUUCAUGGAACGUUGGCCAGGCCCAGCAAGACGUUUUCUAA